AUGCCUGGGAAUCUAUAUACCAACUCCUCCGACCUGGCUCAAAGCAAUCUGCAUCCACUCAAUGAUUUCCCCUCAUCGGGCCCUCUCUCGCCUCCGUCCGAAGACGGCUCGCCAAAUCAAUCGCUCGCUACAUGGGCCAAACUCUCCCGCAACCUGCCCAAAACCGACUUGAACCUCACUCUGAACCAGAAAAUGUCUUCGAGCCCCUACGCGCGCCAGUCUCCCGCUGUCGCGGCGGGUCACCACCACGUGCCGCUGGAACUCAAUACCGCAGACCCAUAUCUCUCGGCGCAAUCAGACCCAGAAGAAAGUGACUUUCACGCCAGCGCGAUUCGACUUACCCCCGUCAAUGGUAGUCCGAAUCAUACGUCCUCGCCGUACGACGAGGCCCGUCGCCCCUCUAUCACGUCGCAGGGCUAUUUGGCCCCAGGAGGAAAUGAUUAUCCGGACGCUAGCUCCAGCACCUCCGCAACUAACCCGACGGAGGGCUUUUUGGACCCGACAGAGGUGAUGGUCAAUUUCUCCGAUCUCUCCAACGAAGCGUCUCCUUUGGUCUUUGGCACGGGGCAGAAUGCGGCUGCGGCUAGUAAUGCGCAAUGGCUGCCGUCCAUCCCAGUUAAUACGACACAGUUCCUGGACCCAGAACAGGCCAUGCCCAGCCCGUCCUCCGUGCCGGAGACCGCGACAGUCCAGAACAAUAGCAAUCCCGCGCUGCCAACGCAGGCGUUGUUCGUUGCGCCGCAACAGUCUGGUAUCAGCUCGAAUCCGGCGUAUGGCCCGUCUAGACUCACCGUGUCGACUAACCAUGUAUCGAACAAUGAUUUGACAUCUCCAUCUUCGAGAGGCCGAAGUCCCAUCAUUACUAUUUCGAGGACAUCCCGAGGAGAUUCGCCAGUUGAGAAUGCGCCCGAAACACGACCCAGCCGAUCGCUGCUGUCACCCAUCGGCCCCGACGAUAUGUCCAAUGGGUAUGACGAUGACAACGACGACCACCGCUCCAUCUCUUCUGUAUCCGUGAUUCCCUCGCACAACGGAACUUAUGUGCGAACUCCCAGCGCGAUCCGUCGCGGCCUGGAUCCGUUCUCGCGAGGAGACGAAUACGGACCAAGCCCGAAUGAGAUCCAGGGUAAGCGCGAGCAGGAGCAGAAAAACGCAGAAAUCGGUCGCUGGACGGAAACCGUGUUACCAGCCAACGGCGAAGCGGGCGACGGACCUGCAACCCAAUCUCGAGGACGCAUUCAACCUCCUAACCGGAUUCGCGCGCUCAGUACGGGAGACAGGCCUCUCCAGCAAGCAGACUACUUCAAUCUCAAUGCGGCCGAUCGCUCAGUUCUGGGCCCUGGUCAGAUGUUGCAUGAGAGUAGCGAUGACGGUAUCAUGAGCGAGGACGAUUCGGAUGGCAGCACGGCGCCAGACUCUCUCCCUGCGCUUGCAGAUGAUCACGGAUUGUACGAUUACUCUACCGCGGCUGAGUAUACCUCCCAGCAAGUCGCAUCUCCAGACGAAAGCUUCCCUCUUUACCCGUGGCACGAUGCGCCCCGCGACCCAAUGCGCAGAGAAGAUAUGAGGCAGCCCCGGAGUUCCGCAGCGGCAAUGGCCACGUACGAGAUGCGUGCAAAGGAGCAAGACGCUGCUUCUAUCACGGCGACUAUCGACAAGGACAGUAUAUUCAACUUUAGUACCGGGUUCGAGCGGUCUCUGAGAAUCACGGAUGCCCCCAAGAAACACGGGAGUUGGAGCAGUAGCUUUUUCAAGCGCGGUGUUCAGCAGGCGCAGCAGAGGAUCAAGAGACAAGCUUCAGACCUGUCACUUGCCAGUGCGCACACUAAUGUGCAACCUGGUGGCCCGGAACCACCACAACCUCAGCGAAAGGAAAGCGCCGGCUCAAGCUACCGACAUCGACUAAGCUUGUCGAGUAAGCAUUCACCGAAACCUCACAGUCGCUCUCCGAGCUUGACCAAUGCGCUCAUGUCCAUGACUGGGCAGAUGGCUGCCGUCGGAGGCAGUCAUUCCGUUCAAGCGGUGUCUCCUCACGCGGACGCCAGCCCCAAGGCCUUCCCAGCCAAAUGGGGUCGUGAUCGAGCAAAGAGCGAGGUUCCCCGGCCGACAACGCCAGGUUUACUGGAUCUCAUGACGACGCAUGGCGGUCCACCCGUAGCCAGCCUCUCUCGCUACUGCAAAGUAGAGCCGGAUGUGGUUGAGCCGCGUGUCGAUAUGGCACCGUCAUCACUUGAAGUGCCUGGCGCUGAUGAUGACGAGGAUAUGGAUGCUUGCGAUGAGGAGAAGGGACUCGUCAUGGAAUUCCCAGCUAUCUCCCGCUUGCCAGUUCCCACCAUGGAAGGCUUCAAGUCACAGAUCAUGCAGUUGAACCCGCGCCUCGAACCCGCGUUGAUCAAUCGCUUUGCCGGCGAACAAGUGCGGCGGCAUCGCAAGCUGAUCGAAUACCAGCAGAAGCACGCUGCAGCCGUAGCCAAGGGUUCCUGCAAGUCGGGCAAUUUUUGCCUCGCGCUAGGUGGACAAGCACGUUUGCUACCGCAGCGUAAGACAGCAGCCGACGUUGAGAGUGGACAGACCCAAUUCCGAGUCACGGAUGGCCAUGAUCAGUCAUAUCUCGGCAGCGAAGGGGUCGUUGCCGCGGCCCAGUUCCCCCCUGGCGUCCCCCUGCCUCCCGUCUCUCGACUACCAGCCGAGUUUGAGUGUCCCGUCUGUUUCCAAGUCAAGACCAUCCACAAGCCGUCCGAUUGGUCCAAGCAUAUCUUUGAGGACAUCCAACCCUUCACGUGUACGUUUCCCGGGUGCACGGAGCCCAAGUCCUUCAAGCGCAAGGCCGACUGGGUCCGCCAUGAGAGUGAGCGACAUCGACAACUCGAAUGGUGGUGCUGUUCAUAUCGUGACUGUACGCACAAGUGCUAUCGUAAGAACAAUUUCAUCCAGCAUCUGGUUCGCGAGCAUAAACUGUCCGACCCCAAAGCCGCUCAGGGUAAGGGUGCGGGUGUUGGCGACAGUUCUCCAAAGAUAGUCGAUCAGUUGGUCGAGGAAUGCAAACAUACCACGCAGGAUACCCCCUCCCAAGAGCCCUGUCGCUUCUGCGGAAAUAAUUGUGGCACCUGGAAGAAGUUAACGGUGCACCUGGGGAAACACAUGGAGCAGUUGGCCAUGCCAGUUCUGGAACUUGCUAAGCAGAGCUGCGCCUCGCAGGGCCAAGGCCACGGCGUGUCGGCGCCGAUCGGCACCGUGACCCCCUUCAACAACAAUACCAGCUCUGACGCCGUUCAAACGCGAGUCCACGCUCAAGGCCAAACUCAAACCCAAACCCAAACCCAUGCCACGAGCCAGGGUCAAGCAUACUAUGGCGACAUUCCAAGUUUCAGCAUCGUCAGCAUGACAGGCGGCGAGAUCUCGAUGGAACCCGAAUCGAUGAUGGAGCCAGAAUCCCUGAUCGAUCCUCUGCAGGCUGGCGAUCAGUUCUCGGGGUACGCACUGGACCCGUUUGAUCCGAGCUCCCAUGCCCAAGCCACGUCUUCGGCCACGCUCCACCCACAAGGCCACGCUCACCCUCACCCUCAUGCUCAUGCCCAUUCCCAUGCUCAUUCCCAUAACCCCUCGCAUCAAGACUCGGCCUCAUAUCCGCCCCUCUCCAUCCCGUCCCGCUCCGCGGAUCUAAAUCUCGCCCCAAACUCGUACUCGGUCUCUUCCCACCUGCCCCCACAGACGAUGGCGGAGCUUGGGACUGGUCCCACGCCGACUCAGGGCUCGCUUUAUCCGGCGCAGCAGGCGGGGUAUCAAACAUACCAAUCCGUCGCGCCAAAUAGCCCGUAUAUGUCCGGGCAGUAUAGUUCGAGUUAUUCGUCGCAGAUGUGA